CAAAUCACGUUUCAAAAUUUUUAACUUAUACCACUAUGAUUUUCAACUCCUCAAUUUUAUCUCGAUAGCUUCACGAUCUCAAUCAUGCUCAUCUUAAACGUAAAAUUUGCAUUAAAGAAUAUUAAUGAAAAAAAAAUCUUAACACUUCUUUCUAAUUAAAAUUUCUCUGUUCAUGGAUACCUAAGACAUUAUUACAUCUUUUACAAUGUGAAUGGUCCUUUGACAUCCUCUGUUCUUUGUCGUGGGACCAAAGUUCUAUGCCCAUUCCUUCUCCCUGCCACUUCUCUACGAUUUCAAUCCCGAGAUACUCGACAUCGGCCGACAGAAGGUCCGAGAGUUUACCAGUAGGCAAUAAUUUCACGGGAAUGCGGCGGCGUCGGUGGCGGCACCGCGGCUUUCGUGUCUAUGGAAAAAAAUCUCGGACCGCUCGAUAACGGAUCUCACGCCGGAUUCCGCGCCGUGAACAAAUUGGACUCUUCUGAGUGACCGGACUUCGUUAUUCUCGAAUAGAACGGUCGCUGCGAAAAUUAACUCUCAUCAGCGUGAUGGCUCGCGCUUAUCUCGUUGGAAUGCGCAUAAAAUAUACGAGACACGAACGCGAAUUAUAAUAAAUUCAUAUAAUUAAUAAUGUUUAAUUUUAUGGGUCGGACGUAAUGGUAUUUCUAUGUCUACGCGUAGCGCAAUAUUUCAUAUAUUUCUACUUUCUCUCAUACAUUAUAUUCUCAGUACUCUCUAAUUCCAUUCUUAAGGAAUCUUCAAGUAGAAAUAAAAGGGUGAUCCCUUAUAUCAAGGAUUCUUAUCUCGUACAAGCACGAGCGCGUUUCCUGAGCGAAAAGAAAGAGAUGCUGAUGACGAUCCAAAAAGAAGAUGAGGAGACGGAAGGAAAGGAUCAAGAAGCCGGAAUGGUAAUGGAGAGGAUGAGUCGAAGCAGAAGAAGGGGGAGGGGGAGGAGGAUGAGAAGGUGGCUAGCACGUACGUCAGGAAAGUCUCCAAGAAAAGAACAACUUCCGCGUAAACGAUACCUGCUUCUGUGCACCUUCUGGUAAUUAAAAGGCAACACCUGUACCUGUACACUCGCGCUGUGUAGCAAUGUAAUGAGGCAAGACGAGAAGAGUGAAUGUGCCGAGCAACAACGCACAACGAAAGCGACCAGAGCCCGCCUGGCGCUCGAUAAUCGCCAGAAAUUCCCGAUUAUUAAGCGUACAGGUGUUUACACCGGGAACCAAUUCCGGAUCUGCCCGAGACGCCUUGGAGGAAUACACGUUCGCGCGUGAACGACCCGUAAGGAGCACCCAACUCUGAUCAAGUGUGCGUUGCCACUGGUUCCCGCAGAAAGAAUUUCACUUGAGUUGCAGCUGGUGCUUUUUGCGCCGUUCAAACUUGAGAUAACUCCGCGCGAUAAUUACUCACUGUUGACUUUAUGACGAAGAUGCAUUGCUCGUCUGCAGAAUUAAUGUGUCAAUAAAAUGCAGGAUAUUAUAAGUCAAUCAAUUAAUUGCCGCGAUACUGAAUAUAAAUUAAAAAUUAUGCACGAAUUAAAGUUUGUUGGUUUUUUUGAAUAACAAAUUUUCUCCUUCUUUCGGCAUAACUAUGAAUAGAAUUUUCCUAAAGGGACAACUUGAUUUUUUUAAGAUUAAUGUUACUUUUAUAUGUAACUUUUAUAUGUA